AAAUCCCACUAUAUUAACCUAGGGAUGCAAAUAUAAUACAGGUGGUAUUAAUGUACCACUGUACAAGUCGAGUCGAUAUACAGACUAGCUGAAAAGUGCAUGGAAUAAGAAUCCAUUACAAUAGUAGGGUUGUUUUGUACAACUGUCUUAGCUAAAUAUUUAGCCAAUUUUUCAUUGCCUAAUGGCCAUGCAAUGAUCACGUUACAUGGACAAUGCUAAACAACACAUCUACCUGAAGUUAUCGAAGCAUGUCGAAACAGUAGCAAGACACACGAUGUUUGAGGUAAUGUCUGGGAUUUCAUACCGUUGAAAAUGAAAGACAAUUCGGCAUAUGCAGAAGAUAGCUUCCAGAAAGUUUCAGCGCCGCAAAGGCGAGGCUCCUACAUAACCUCUGAUUUAAAUGUAUCCACUUCAUACGCGAAACAAAACUUUGAUCCGAGCUCCAGUUCCAGGGAAAUGCGUAAAAUAUUGUAUUACGAAAGUAUGUUUUCGAAAAUGGAUAGUCAAGAUAAAAUCAAGAAAAGUACCCCGGUCACGGCAGCGCCGAUGAAUGCAUCAAGUACGAGAGGGAAGGAAGGUGUACUAGAUAACGAUAGAUCAGGUUUAAAACAAGAUAGGCAUGUUCAAGGUCUCAGAAAAUCAACGCCAUUGAUAAGCUCCCCAAGUUUAGAGGGUUUAGCUCAGAGAGUCGAACAGAUUGGUAAAGUUGAUACUUCGCAGGGCCAUAGGAUAAAUAUAGAAAAUCCAAUGGUACAACAAUAUAUGGGUCCUAAACGUGAUGCCAUUUCAAUUAAAAUAAAAACGCAGAACCUGAGUCCACCAGGCUACAAUCCUGCGCCUAAUUUGAACUACCAUCCGCCGCCUAAUAGUGAUGCCAUGACCGAUGCAUAUGAAGAUAAAAUUACGAAGCAUGUUCAUAUGCCUAUCACUAAAGUUACUGAUAUAUCGGGUACGAAGAUAUCGAAAAUGCUGGGCAUUGACCAAAUUUCUGGAAACGCUUCGGGGCUAUCGGCAUCGCAACGACAGUGGAUUGUUCCCACCUUUGAUGUGCUCCAUGCUAAGCAGCCAACCAUACCAAGUGACGAUAAUGAGCCAACGCAUAGUACCCAUGAGGGGCUUGGUGUCAAGGGUAGUCCUUCGGCGCUGAUUGAAUCGCAUCUACAUGCCCAAAGGAUGUCAGGUGUACCUCUCAGUCCUAAAAUUAUUCCUAAUGAGGAUAAACCAAUGCCUUACUCACUUCCAAGUGUACAGGAUACUUCUUUCAUACUCCCUACGGAAAAAAUACCUCGUAAGCAACAUACACGUGUAUCGAGGUUUGCUCCAAUUACGGAAGCGCCGCCAAUACAAGCCUUCCCGCCACCCGAGGUAGUAUUGCCUACACCAAUUAAGCAGGAAUCUGUUGAAGGUGUGUACUUGCCUCAUGAGGCCCCUCCGCUGUUUGUGGAGCAAGUGGUUGAUGACCCCGUGCACGAACCCAAUCCAACUGACGAAAAAUGCUCAACACCGGUUAAAAGUGAACCAAGUUUUCAAGAAGAUGCUAUAAAAUCGCAAAGUUAUAUGGACGGGGAUACUGAUAUUAUUAUUCACGAGCAAGAUAUGGAAAUUGAUUCGGCAUCCAAAGAUGAUUUGGAUGAUGAGCCAAAUGUUAAAGAUGAUGAAGAUGAGGACUAUGUGCCAGAUGCGGCAAUGCAACUGUCGGAAGUAUCAAGCACCAAGAAAGGAACUAAGAGGAAAAUAAAAGCUAAGAAAGGCUCUAGGGUAACUACUCCAACUGUAAGUACGCCUUCUGUCGACGAUACUCUUGCUUUUGAGACGGAAACGCCAGAUGCUGCAACAGAAGAGCAAUAUGCGGAGCCUCCACAAGUAGUAAAACCAACUCGGACCCGAGGUGGUGGCAGGGGUGUAGGCAAACCAAGAAAACGAGAUUCCAAUUUGUUGGAUGAAAGCGGUGACAGCCAUACUGUAGGGAAGGCUGGAAGGUCCUCAAGAGGUGGCGCAAGGUCCGGACCCGCUAGCUCGAAACGGCAUGGCUCAGAUUUGUCUGGAUCCAAAUCGGACUACCACACAUCGGGCCAUGGCCUGUGCAACGGAACGCCAGAAAGGCACCUGAAGAAGGCAUUUGCCACAACGAGGCAUAUAAGUGUCCAAGAGGCCGAAAAAAUAAUCGAUUUGUACCAGCAGCAUAACGCAGACUUGGAGAGACUUAAAAGACUAAUUUUAGUGGGCGACCUUGCUGAAUUCGGGAGGGUUGUUUUGGAAGAAGCGGUAGUGCCACCUCCGAAAAAGAAAUGUAUAUUGGACCCGCGUCGUAUCAUCGCUCCUCAACCUGAACCUCCUACGGUCAGUACACAGCCUUCGCCACCCGAAGAUCCUAUUGAACUGUCCAUCAAGUUCAGAUUACUCAAGAAACUUGUGGGAAAGUGAUUUUUAUCAGUUAUAUAUAUUUUAAU